CUGAUGCUGGAGGUGAAGCUUCUGUCUCGGCUCUUCGUCCCGCUGCAGUCCGCGUGGAUCACCGUGGAUCUUGGACGUUCUGGAGGUUCGGUCCGGAGUGUGCGCGCUGCCGGAGUUCAGACUCAGCUCGGAGGACCGGGGCCGUGAGCGCGCAUCGACGCAGAGACGAACAACAACUUGGAGUGAGCGUAAAAAGGUCUUUGAUCUCAGCUAAACAUGGACUACCCUGAAGACUUCGCGCUGGAGCCGUACAAUUUUUCUUUUCUGAACAACUUCAGUUACCCUCAAAACGACACCGACUACCUGCCAAUGGGGGUGAAGGUCACCAUCGUGGUCGUCUACAUGAUCGUGUGCGUCAUUGGUCUGGUGGGAAACUUCCUCGUCAUGUAUGUCAUCAUAAGGUACACCAAGAUGAAAACCGCCACCAACAUCUACAUCUUUAACCUGGCACUGGCUGACUCGCUCUUUCUGGCUACGCUACCUUUCCAGGGCACUGAUUUGUAUCUGGGCUUCUGGCCGUUCGGGAACACUCUGUGCAAGGUGAUGGUGUCCAUCGACUACUACAACAUGUUCACCAGCACCUUCACACUGACGGUGAUGAGCAUGGACAGGUACGUGGCUGUGUGCCACCCUGUCAAAGCGCUGGACAUGAGGACUCCUCACAAGGCAAAGGUGGUGAACAUCUGUGUUUGGGUGCUGGCCUCCGCCUUCGGAGUUCCAGCGACGUUCCUGGGAAAUGUGGAAGAGCAUGAGAACAGUUUGGAGUGCAUAGUGGCUCUGCCCGAGCCAAAGAGCCACUGGGAUCCCGUCUUUGGUACCUGUGUCUUCGUCUUCUCCUUCCUCAUCCCUGUGGCCAUCAUCAGCAUCUGCUACAGCCUGAUGGUCAAACGCCUGCGCAGCGUCCGCAUUCUGUCUGGCUCCAAGGAAAAGGACCGAAACCUGCGGCGCAUCACCAGGAUGGUUCUGGUGGUGGUGGCGGCAUUUGUGGUGUGUUGGACCCCGAUCCAGAUCAUGGUCCUGGCUCAGUUUCUGGGAUUCAACCUGAGUAGCCUAUUCACAGUGGUCCUCAUGCACUUCUGCAUCGCGCUAGGCUACGUCAACAGUAGCUUGAAUCCCGUGCUCUACGCCUUCCUCGAUGAAAACUUCAAGCGCUGCUUCCGAGAGUUCUGUCACCCGUCUCCAUUCCGCCUCGACCCCCAGCAGUCUGGCAGGAUGAGGAGCAUCGCCAGGGAGGUGGCAGCCGCCUAUAGCUGCAAAGCCGGAGACGGCGGGGGGCUGGGAGGAGGGACGCCGAAUCCGGCAUGACUAGGCGUGGAGCUCCCCUUGGUGGGGGUGGACCCCCCACAGAGGGGAGAGACCCAUGGAACUGGGAACUCCAACACAGAAUUGACUCAGAUUACAGCUCUCUAGCGGCACGAGCCCUCCCGCCCCCCAACGAGGAGACUGGCCUGGGGCGGGGGGGAGGGCAACAAGGAGGAUGAGUUUGAAAGGAAAAGGAUUUAGGGAUGGACGCAGGGGAUGUGGGGACAAGUUUAGAGUGAAGAGUAGCAGGGAUGUCCGAUGCCCGGACUCAUGUUUUGAAACUUUAUGCGAUAAGACAGGCACAUAAAAUACUUUUAAACAGCUCUCUGGGCUCUGGAAAAAAUCUCAUCCAGCUUCAAGAGAGGUGAUAAGUAUUCAUUCGAGCUCCAAAACAACAGCCUCGUGAACACAAACUGGAUCUGUGGCGUCCCUGGAGAGAUUCCUGACUCUGUGACGAGAAGGCAGGAAGUGAAGUGAAUGUAUGAAAAUCAGGAGGAGUUUAACAGGAGCUGCCGAUGCCAAAUCAGAAACUUUGAUGCUUUUACAAUAAAUAUAUAGAACAUCGGAAACUCUGUGCACUGCGAAGACGUGCAGAGAAGGAACAGGUCAUUCCUAAAGUGUGAAAUGGUUUCAGUCUGGAGAACCUCACAGUAGGACCUUUUUGCUGUGAUGGUUUUGGUAAACGGUUGCUACAUGAUGUAAUAUGCUGCUGCCAGCACUUUACUGGGCCAGAAGUAUGAUAUGAAGUGAGUAGACUGAACUGAUGUGAAAUCAGCAGCUUGUCGAAGUAAAAGAGCAAGACGAGAUUGUGUUAAAUAUGGGGGUCACGUGAAUGUCAUUCAUUAUUUGAGCGCCAUUUCUCAGCUGAGACUCAAAAAACCCAAGACACCCAUGGGAGGACAUGUUUCCUUAGACUUUCUGCAUGGUGCUUGUGUGUGUGUGUGGGGGGGGGGGUUGACAAAGCGCCGUGUUGUCUGAUGCAUUACACAGUUAGAUGAGGUGUUGUUUGGGAUCUGUGGUGGAGAAACACGUCCAGGUUUAAUGACCUUUUGUGUUCGGAGGUGCCAUUUGUUCGUUUUGUUCAGCGUUUAGGCGCUAAAAAUAAUUUUGGUUUAGGAUUGUUGACUGUGGUUUGGGUUAAAAUGUGUCCACCACACUCGUGAGCCUUUGUGUUGAAAAUCAGGAGUUGGAAACCAAAGGACAACAUGUGUGCAACAGACUCACCAGCAGCUUUGACAAAAUGACUUUAUUUGGCUCCUGAUGGACAAAAUAACAACAACUGAGAUUCAGUGUUCAGACAACGCUGCCUUUCAGAUGGACUUUUACUCACAGAUACAAAGUAACUACGUACCUGUUUGAUCUGAGGUUAAAGACUCAAAAUAAGGCGUUAUUUUUGUGCCACUAUUCU